AUGAAACCUGCACAGCACACCUUUCUGCUCCUGUCUUUGCUUGUGUUGAUUCCAGUCUCAAGGGGAUUUAUCGCGAGGUUUGAAAUUAACGAAGGCGUUCCCCCUGAAAGCCACGUGGGUUCGCUUGCGUCACUCGGGCAUUUGGCAAGCGGUAGCCUCGUGUACAACAAGGUGCCCAACCCCAAGGACGCCUCCAAGUACUUCAACGUUGAAAAGUUCUCCGGACGAAUAACCGUUGCCUCGGAAUUGGAUCGGGAAAGCCUCUGUCCGUCACCUAGUCACAAGCCCGACGAUGACUGUAUCCUCCGAUUUAGUGUGAGCUGUCUUCGAAUUAUUGGUGGAAGUGUUGAAGCCAUCGCUGAUGUUGUGAUCACGCUGCGUGAUAUCAAUGACAACGGCUGCAGCUUUGUACCCUCGCCUGAACAAACCGUCCACAUUCGUGAGGAUGCCGAGGUGGACAAGACGAGGAUUCGUCUGAACUCACCCAUUGAUCCCGAUAGUGCAAGGCUGGAUCACGCGAUUCAGUGGAACCAAAUUCGGCUGGAAGGUCCCUCCUCCAUGUUUCGGUUACACACCGUCCACGCGGCAACUGGAAACCUACGAAGUUCCUAUCCAUUGGAAUACCGUCAGCAGGAUGGGCAGCUGUUUCUCGGUUUGCUUCGGCCCCUAGAUUUUGAGAACACCAAACAUUAUCAUCUCUCCGUGGUAGCAGGCGACGGUAUUCACGAAUGCAAACUCUCAGUCAACGUUGAAGUUGGCGAUGCUGAUGACAAUUUGCCCGUAUUUGAAAAGACUGCGUACAACGUUACUGUCCCGGAAGACAUGAAAUUUAACGAGAAAAUUAUUACCGUACAUGCAGACGAUGCCGAUGCUGGAGAGUUUGGAAAUGUUAUAUAUUCUCUAGACCCCUAUCUUACAGAUCCACAGACACUGGAAUUAUUCCAUGUGGACGAGCACAGUGGAGAUAUCUUUCUAAAAGGCAAGCUCAAUUACCAAGUUGCUACCCAAUACCAGCUGACUGUGAAGGCAAGUAAUCUGGACCGUGCGCUGUCAUUGCCGUCGGCAGGAUUCACUGACAUCCAGCCGACCUACCUCACAAAAGUCUACGUCACUGUGGAAGACGUCAACGACCACGAACCCCUGAUAACCAUAUUUUCUCCGACUGGAGCCAGAAAACUUACCCUCAACGAGAACCUGCCGGGUGGUCAGGAUGUGGCGAUUCUAACUGUCGAGGACAAGGACACUGGGAUGAAUGCCGCAGUUGAGUGCCACUUGAAGUCGCAGUCCAUUCGUGGUGCUCUCGCUUUGCGUUCGAUGACUACGGACGUGUCACCGGGAUUCGAGGAAACCACGAGAGUUCCAACAAAUCGAAAAUACAAGCUCCUUGCGACGCGCUCCUUCGAUCGAGAAGCACACCCAGAAGUGCACUUCACUGUAGAAUGCUGGGACGGUGGUAAACCAGUGUUGCGGUCCGUCCAGAAGGAGACGCUUCACAUUCUCGACGUCAACGACUGCUCGCCGAUCUUUGACAACGAAACCUACCAUUUCCGUGUAUUCGAGGACGCUGAUCUUGCCAUUUCUGGCCUAAACAAAGGCGAAUCUAUGCCUAGAAUGAUUGGCGAAGUCAAAGCGCGUGACAACGACGCUGAAGAGAACGCCCGACUGCAGUAUCGAUUUUCCCCAGAAUGUCCCCAAGCCUUCCAGAAGUUGGUUCAGCUAGACAAGGAUAGCGGGAUCUUACACUCGACAGGAUAUCUAGAUCGUGAGAAAUUUGCCUCACUUAGCUGUAAGGUAAUUGUCAACGACAUGGGGACGCCGUCGUUGUCCAGCGUUGCGGAAGUUAAAGUGGAGGUACUUGAUGUAAACGACAACCCACCCCAGUUCGAGUACCACGAGUACAUUUUCCAGAUUUCAGAGAACACCCACGUAGACACGCUUGUUGGUGUGGUCCGCGUCUUCGACGCAGACAUCGGCGCCAAUUCAAGACUGGAGUUCAGUCUUGAGAGUAGUUUGCAGCCUACCUGGUCGAAACACGACGAUAUGGGGAGUCUUUUUGCUAGCGUACGUCACCACACGACGAAAUCGUCCAACAAAUAUCUAGGACUCCUGCGAUUUGAAGUGUCACAAGUAAGGAAACCAUUCCCCAGCAGAUUCCAUGUGCGGAAUUCGACCUCAGGAGAUGGUGGUAGCGCCUACGAGGUCCGUAUCUUCACUGCUGCACAGAUUAAUCGCGAGGCAUUGAUCGAGUUGCCUGGAGCCAACGCCGACGAUGUCACCGUGGUCAACAGCUCCGGUGCAGUUGACCUCAAAUUCAAGCUGCGUGCCCAGGACUCUGGAAGUCCACGACUCGUUAACCGUGUUCCACUCGGCCUUCGAGUCACCGACGUCAAUGACAAUCCCCCGCACUUUUUAUUCCCUCCAUCUGAAUCGAUAAACGUCACUGAGGUGCGACUGUCCAUCAAGGAACCUGUCGGAUUCCAGUUCACCAAGGUUUUGGCAUCUGAUCCAGACGCGUGUGAGAACGGGACGGUGGUCUACCGGAUCAGUGCAGGCGAUCCAUUUGACCUUUUCCAACUCGAUCCACAAAGUGGGGAACUCAUAGUAGCUAAGGAGUACAACUCAGGUCACAUUGGACAAUACCUCCUUUUUAUCGAAGCGUCGGACAGUGGAUCUACGAGAUUAACCAAGGAGACCAAACUGUUGGUACAAAUGGACGACUCGGAACCCCUUGGUCGAGUAGAACGCGACAUCUUCGGUUUCCCGAUCCGCGCUGGCAGUAGAAACGUCUCCAGCCGCAAUUUGAACCUCUUUAUCAUCAUCGCCAUAAUCAUCGGCUCGUUUGUCAUAUCCACCGUCCUGUUAUUCGCCAUUUGCUUCGUGGUAAAGCGAGCUAGAAGAGAACAUGUCGAUGGGGAAAACCGAUAUCACCCGGUUAUGGGCGCGCCCGGGCAACUCCCUAACGGAUCGAUAUUGCAUGAUGGAGUGCCAAACGGCUUCAUCAAAUCGGUGCCGUUGUCACUGGCCCAAACCAAGUACCUCACAGGUGAACUCAUGGACGAAGAUCUCUCCGAGGCAAACUUUUCGUAUCUUGCCUCACACCCAAGCAAUGGCGGCUUUCCAUUCGACGAUAACACGAGCUUCCAGUCCCCAUUCUACACUCAAGGCGCUAAUUCGUACAUCGCUGAGGCCUCCACGUCUUACCAGCCUAUGCCGCACUACGAGAUUUCCAACAUGUCCACGCUUGCUGCGCCAGAUCCAGAUGGAAUUAUUAGACUCUCGUGUCUCCCCGGAAAACAAGUACAGACCAUCAGCAGAUGCAAUUUCUUGAGCCAGAGGAAGCUGAUCGAGGAUCGAUCGAUUGGCAAACGAAACAGUCUCACAGACCGCGACUCCGGCAACGGCGACAGUCUAGACGUCGCGACCUCGGGUCAGCCGUGUCUGUUUGCCCUCACUCAGGCCCUAGACGCCCAACGUACCACGUCACCGUGCGAUCAAUACAUCGCGCUGGAACUGCUUCCCACGGCGCAGGGCUCCACCCUCUAUCGCGUGCCCGAGUCGAAAUCAAACAACGCGCCCCACCCCGAGACGACGCUGAUUGGUGACGAUGGCGAGGAGGGUGUGACGGCCAAGAAUUCGAGCAAGAAUGUGGCUUCGACGUUCGUCUGA